AUGAAGAGCACACAUCACACGUUCGACUUUAUUGUCGUGGGAGCAGGUGCUGUGACCGCGAGGAACCUGGCCGACUGGCACCCCAAGUCCACCACGCUGCUGAUCGAAGCCGGGGGGGACAACGCCCGCAACGACUUGUAUGUCCCCUCGGAUCGUUUCACCAGCCCUUACAAACACCCCGAGAUCGUCAAAAACUACCUCACGACGCCCCAGGAGCACCUCAAUGGCCGCGUGCUCGACUAUCUCCGUGGCAUCGGCCUCGGGGGCUCGUCGAUUGCCAACUUCCUGGCAUACAUCCGCGGCUCCAAGGCCGACUACGACCGCUGGGCAGCCAUGGUGGGUGACGAUUCGUACCAGUGGAAAUCCAUUGUCGAAGACUUCAAGGCGAUUGAGAACUUGCAUUGCGACGACCAGGGAGACGACGAGUUCGUCCGACCCAUCAAGCAGCUUCACGGGUAUCGCGGCCCUCUGGACAUCACGCUGCCCACCAAACGACAGUGGCCCGUGGGCAUGGAACUCGUCGCCGAGGCCGCGCGAACCUAUGGCUACCCGAUUAACCCUGACCAAAACUCGGGCGAGUCCAUCGGCGUGGGUACCGUCUCGACGACGACGUACAAUGGUCGUCGGACCACGAGCGCCACCGCAUACCUUAGCAACGCUCCCUCCAACUUGACCAUUUGGACGAACUCAGAGGUCACCAGCAUUCUCCUUGAAAAUGUGGGUGUGAACAAUGGCACGAGUACACCCAAGGUUCUCGGGGUCCGCCUCAGGGACGGGCGAGUGGUCACGGCAACCAAAGAAACCAUUCUGUCUCUGGGAAGCAUUGACACGCCCAAGUUGCUCCUGCUCAGCGGCAUCGGGCCCAAGGAUGAACUCGCCGCCAUGGGGAUCCCAUGCCACGUCGACCUGCCGGGGGUUGGGAAAGAAAUGAUUGACCAUACAUAUCUGGUCAUGGCCCACCACGCAAAGUCUGACCUGUCGGAUGUGGCGACCUUCGAUGCAAACCCAGCACAGGUCGCGGCGGCCCAUGAGCAAUGGAUGAAGGAUAGCACCGGACCCAACGCCAAAAGAAAAACCGCCAACCUGAUCGGGUUCCUCAAAGUGCCCCCCGGCCACAGCUCCCGGCGUGAGGCCGCAAAGCUCGACCCGGAAGUCCAAGCUUUCUUGAACCAUCCCAACGUCCCUCAUUAUGAAGUCUACUGGACCGGGUACUCGCUGGAAGGAUAUUCGCACGAAUGCUUUGCCACGGCACUGAUGAUGAUGAACCCUCAGUCCCGGGGAACAGUGACCCUCGCAUCGUCCGACCCAAAGCACGACCCCAUCAUCUCGCCCAACUACUUCUCGCAUCCGUAUGACCAAAAGACCAUGGUCGAUGGUCUCCGUGAGAGUCUCCGAUUCCUGGAACAGGGAGAGCUGUCCAAGCACAUCCUCGGCCCAGUGAUUGCCCCGAAGAGCUCCAGCUACGAAGACCUCCUCGACUUUAUCAAGGAGAAUCUCCUGACCAUCCUCCACCCCGUCGGGACGGUCAAGAUGGGCCGUCGUGACGAUCCCAAGAGCUGCGUGGACAGCCACUUCCGCAUCAAGGGCAUUCAAGGCCUUCGAGUGGUGGAUCUCAGUGUCGUCCCGACGAUUACCAACAAUCACACCCAAGCCACUGCGUAUCUAGUGGGACACGUUGGAGCCAAGAAGAUUAGUCUAGACUAUUCGCGUAGCAAACUGUAG